AUGCGUAGCCUUAAAGUAGUUGACCUCAGUGAUAAUUACCUCUAUGGCCCCAUUCCAUCCUCUAUUGGACUGCUCUUCAAUGUCUCUUUCCUCAAGCUCGCCUCGAAUGGGCUGAACGGCUCUCUGCCGGCCACGCUCUUCAACCUCACACAGCUCGUGCAUCUCGACGUGGGGUCAGUGAGGAAGCGGUUCUAUGCGGAGAGGCAGAAGAACCGCUUUCAGGGGCCUCUGCCUGCUGCCGUUGGCAACCUCACUGCACUCACUGCCUUGGGCAUGAGCAACAACCUUCUCUCGGGCGCCAUUCCAUCCUCCAUCGGCCGCCUGCUCUCCCUCGUCUACCUAGACCUACACAACAACAUGUUCAACGGGUCCAUUCCAGAUUCCAUAGGCAACUUGGCACAGCUCAAGACGCUCUAUCUGGGCGGCAAUGAGCUGUCCGGUUCACUGCCGGCAUCCAUAGGCAACCUCUCCAACCUGCAAGUGCUUGCUCUGCGCAGCAACGGUCUCGGCGGGUCACUCCCCAGCUCCAUUGGUGGCCUCGGGAGCCUGGAGGAGCUGGAGCUGCGCAACAACAGCAUACAAGGCCCCUUGCCACCCACAUUGGGCAACCUGAUCACCCUCUACUCCAUGAGCUUGGACAAGGCGGUGGGGUGUCCCAAUGUUGACAAGUGUGAUACAAUAGUGGGUGCAGCCGACCUCCAGCACUUGUUCUGCUUACAAGCGCACUGUUGA